AUGUUUCGUCCGCGCGCAGCUCUCACACCAAGGUUCGCUCGCGGGGCAGCAGCAGGACAGGGAUGGGUCUCCUCGCGCUUACAGGACUGUACGUCCUCGUUUUUCAAGCAUGGGCCCAACUCGAGGUCAGCAUGGAGGACAGAGUGGAGGUCCUUCUGGGUAAUGUGGCAGAGAUCCCCUGCAUAUACAGCAUGAGUCAGCUCAAUGGUUCACUGCUGGUACAGUGGUUUGCGAGGUCGCCAAGCGGCAACGAGGUGAAGAUCUACUACAAAGACAAGGUUGUGGAGGUUGUGUCCAUGGGUACAGACUACUCGGAGAGGAUCAACGUCUCUCAUGCUGUAGAUGGCACAGUGGGGAGCUCCAUUUUGACCAUCAAUGACGUGAGGGUCAAGGAUGAACAGGAGUUUGUGUGUCAGGUGCAAAGGAACACCAGCCACACCAAACUCCUCGUGUUCAGUACACCAUCGGUUCCGCACAUUGAACUAGGAUCUUAUACUCCUACAGUCAACCUGAAGAGGGAGGAGAUUGCAUCCUGUGAAGUAAACAAUGCAUACCCAGCUCCAAACAUCACAUGGUAUAAGAACAGAUUGCUCUUGCAGUCAUCAGUCAAUAACAUGGAGUUAGAGAAGACCGUGACGCAGAAUCCCAGUGGCCUGUUCAUUGCACGCAGCACCCUUUUCCUCCAGGUGGAAAAGGCGGAUGAGGAUGCAGAGUUCUACUGUGAGGUCAGCUACUUCACCAUCGGAGGAUUGCACAUGAUGGAGUCUCAAAUAUUCCACGUUGAACUCCACUAUUCAACAACAAAAGUUACAAUUAGCGUGGAUUCCCCCCAUCGGCUUGUCAAAGAAGGUGACAGAGUGAAAAUUAGAUGCAAGGGCAAUGGGAAUCCUCAGCCAAUCUUUUCCUUCCAGCAUAACAGUAGGAGUCUGAACGUAGAACUGGACCACGUGGUCCUUGAUAACGUGACGCGAGCACACAGUGGCCUGUACAAGUGCACCUCUCUGGACCAGGUGGACUUCAGUGAGUUGACGGACAGCUUGGAGCUCAUGGUACACUACCUGGAUCCUGUUGUGAUCACCUCAGGGGGGUCAUCAGACAUGCUGGAUCUGGGCCAGCAUGUGUCCCUGACCUGCAACGCUCUGUCCUCUCUGCCCACAAACACAACAUGGUACAAGGAUGGUACUGUUCUGGAGGAGGGGCACAUCCUGAACUUACUCAACCUCUCCUAUGACAUGGCUGGGACAUACGUUUGUGAAGUCCAUGCGCCCAGCUUGGCUGAGCUAAAGAGACAGAACUCUCUGAACAUUACUGUCAGAGGCAAACCUGUGAUGGUAGAGGAAGUGGCCAUGAUUUCACUGGAUGCUGAAGACUCAGUGAACCUGACUUGCUCUGUGAAGGGACACCCGAUCCCAGACAUCCAGUGGAACCUCUCUGACAACCAAACUAUUCUGGGUGAGCGGAUCACAAUGACAGACUACACCAUCGUCAGUGUUAUUACCAUCAGAGCCACGUCUCUCGUCAACGCGUCCUGUGUGGCGACCAAUGAGCUGGGCAGUGCCCAGGCCUUCAGCGACAUCAAACCAAUUCAAAAACCAACUGCCACCACAGCCAUCAUCAUUACGUCCACCAGAUCUACGAAGGAGGGCAAUGGAGUCGUCAUUGCUGUCAUCAUUAUUCUCAUCUUGCUGCUAGCCAUUUUGGGCAGUGUUCUGUACUUCCUCUACAAGAAAGGCAAGAUCCCGUGUGGCCGCUCAGGGAAGCAAGACCUCAUGAAGGAGAAGUCCAGUAAAGAUGAUGUGGAGAUGAAGAACAGCAGAUCUGAGGAGGCGGUGCUUCUACAGGGAGUCAAUGGGGGAAAAAGGUCCCCCAGUGACCAGGUUGGUAAUCCAGCAUGCCCGCAUGACACCUGCACAUGCAGCACGGGGCAGCAGCCUCCAGAAAACCUCCAUCACCUGGUCAUCCACUCACAAACAUCUCUGAAAGUGACUGAGCAUCGUGUCCAACGUCUCUGAAAAUAAAUUAUUUGUCACUUAUGGAAAGCAAAACCCGCUGUCAUUCUCCUACCUUUCCCAUAAAGUUAAUUUCUGUUGUUGUUGUUGUUGUUGUUGUUGUUGUUGUUGUUGUUGUUGUUACCCUGCUACUGCAGUAAGAGGAGGAGUGAAUGCUGUGUGCGUGUGCAGGACAGACAGGCCUCCAGCACUCUCACAGUCCCGCCGUAACAGCCGCCUGCUACAGCCCCGGACUGCUACAUCGACUCCUCCCCUUGUGACCUGGGGCAGAAUCGGAUUGGUUCAUACAUUCUGCCCCACUUCAUUUGGCUCAUUUUGUGACACUUUCAAAUUUUGUUCCAUUAUCUUUUUUUUUUUUUUUUUUUUUUUUUUUAAAUUUAUUUUUGAUAUGUUAACCCAAAUGCCGCAUCGUACGCGAAGAACAAUCUCUACUCUAUACAUAAUGUAUAUAAGAAAUACUGUACAUAUGUAGCUAUUUAAAAUUCCUUAUACAAACGAAAUCUGAAGUGUUCAAAUGAAGCGACUGAAGGAUGCGUCAUUCUGAGGUUCAGCUGAGGCGUGGAGGGGAGACCUCUGUGGAAAGGUCAUCUGUGAAGUCUUGCUUGUUGUCCUUUUAUCUGUUCAGACAGCUCUCACCUCACUGCCUCAUCUCUGCACUGCCCCACCCAGACAUAUCUCACCACUGCAGAUGCUUCACCCUCCCCUCCAAAACAGCUCAGAAACUGCAAAUCUCCAAAGAUCAGAGGAAAAUGUCAUCAGGCGAUUUUUAAAAAAAGUUGUUUACAGUGUUUGUGAUGUUAAAACAUAUUCACCAUAAGAGUAAGGUGGAGAUAUGUACAUGCUACACACUUACCCGCUGGGUGACGACGCAUUCAUGUAGGCCUUGCCGAGGUCACUGACCUGUUUCCUGAUCAUCUUCUGCUGUCUUCCUCUUGCACUAUAUGUAAAUAAUGAAUUAUAAUCCAACAUUGGAUCCAAUUUGCAAGGCUUUCUAUGUGGACAGGAGAAUUUAAGAAAACUUUGCAGGCAAGUAGUUGUUUGGUCAAUUAAAUCAGAAAAUGUUUGGACGUAGCUGGUGCUCUCACCACUUCCCUGAAAUGUCAUGCCUUCCAGGAUUUCACUGAAUGUCCCUUCCAUUUUUUCCUCUUAGAAUGAUCCAUAUGAUUCCACAUUCGUUAUAUAAUUUUUUAUAUUCGUCUUUUUAAAAAUCCUUUUUAAUUAAAAAAGGAAUCCUUUGUAGACAGGAAGACUUCAUGGCUAAACUGAGCUAACUACUGUAUUAUUCAGCUGUCUAUACGUUAUUACUUUGUACACCUUCACAUACCACGCAAACCCUGGGUCCAUAGGAAAAGAUUAUGUGAUGAUUAAUGUGAUGUUUAAAAAUGUUUUUAAACAUUUUUGCAGAUUUUACUUUUAAUCUGUUCAGGCUCCAUUCAUGAUUUUUUUUAAAACACAGAACAUUUCUCUGGUAAGAUGGAAGUCAUGCCUUAUGAUUGUGGAUUCUUCUGUCCCAAGAUCAUUAAAAGGUUUUCCUUCAAAUAUA